AUGGCUGGGCUCCGAAAGGACGAGACGGAUGAGUUUUUCCAGGAGCCCCCUGCGACUCCGUCGUCCCAGGAGGAGACCUGCCACUUCCUCAAUGCCAUCUUUCUCUUCCUCUUCAGGGAGCUCAGGGACACGGCCCUGGUCAGGAACUGGGUCACCAAGAAGAUCAAGGUGGAGUUCGAGGAGCUGCUGCAGACCAAGAUGACAGGGAAGAUGCUGGAGGGGCUCAGCCUCCGGGACGUCUCUCUGGGCAACGUCCUGCCCGUCUUCAAAACAGUUAAGCUCAUUCGGCCUGUGGUCUGCAACGAAGAAGGCUGCCCCGAGGAGCUGGGCUUCGAGGUUGACCUGGAGUACAACGGGGGCUUCCACUUGGCCAUCGAUGCUGAUCUGGUCUUCGGCAAGUCAGCCUACCUCUUCGUCAAGAUCUCACGGGUGAUGGGCAAGCUGAAGCUGGUCUUCACACGCCUGCCCUUCACCCACUGGUCCUUCUCUUUUAUGGAUGACCCGGUGAUAGUCUUUGAGGUGAAGUCCCAGUUUGAAGGGAGGCCCAUGCCCCAGCUCACUUCCAUCAUUGUGAACCAGUUCAAGAAAGUCAUUAAGCGCAAACACACCUUACCCAAUUAUAAAAUCAGGUUUAAGCCAUUUUUUCCAUUUCAAGUACUAUCACCUGAUGACUAUGAAGAUCGAGACCUCUGUAUACAGGAUUUUCCAUUGGCAGAAGGUCGACUAAAAGUCACAUUAAUUGAAUGUACAAGGUUACUUAUAUUUGGAUCCUAUGAAAGAGAAACAAAUGUUCACUGCACAAUGGAGCUGAGCAGCAAUGUUUGGGAAGAAAAAUCAAGGAGUUCUAUUAAAACGGCAGAACUGGUGAAAGGAAAUCUGCACAGCGUUGGGCUAACUCUGCGCCUCGUGCAGUCCAAGGAGGAUGAUGCAGGACACGUUGUAAUUGAAACAGUUACUCCAAACUCUCCUGCAGCAGCCGCUGAUCUACAGCGGGGAGACAGACUUCUAGCAAUUGGCAGUGUUAAAAUCACGUCAACUGUGCAAGUAUUGAAGCUCAUUAGACAGGCUGGGGACAGAGUUCUAGUAUUUUAUGAAAGGCCUGUUGGGUAUAAUCAGCAUGGGUCAGCACUGCAGGAUGGAUUUGGGCAAUUGGAAGACUCUGCUUUUUUGACGCAACCAGAAGACGACCAAGCUGGUAUAUCAACUGAUGUUGAAAAUAAAGAUUUUGAUUCAGAAUUUGAAGAUUUAGCGUGUGAGUCACCUGAUCAAAAAGAAGAUAUGACAACGACGCAGAGUCCCAAACGUUCAGCAGCAAUAUUUUCUGCUAAACCACUUGGAACUAUAUCGCCAAUUCUGAAUCGAAAAUUACUUUUGGGAAACUAUCAAACAACAUCAAAAACACAACCAAAAGAUGGAGCUAAAGUGGCAACACCCAAAACUUCUGAGAGUUCAGAUGCAUCGCAGCAAUCAGCUAAACAGUCUCAAGGAUCUAGUAAUAAGCCUCCAGUACCACCUAGACCACAAACUAAGCCUACGUUGCCUGCAAGUGAAACACAAAAUCUGUUAGAACCUGGGGGUGUAUCCUCUGAGAAACCAGAGCGGCCGCCUCCACCUUCCAAUAACGUCGAUAAAUGCACAGAGAAGGCAGUAAAGAAUAAUGAUCAAAUAGAAGACCCCCUGGUAUCAAAAGUAAUAACAGUACCAAAGCAAGAUGCAUUAAAAGAUGGAAUUUCAGAAAAUGCACGUAGUGCUAAAGACUGUGCAGAUGAUCAGCAACCAUGGGAAUCACCAGAAAUUCCUUAUAGAAUCCGGCUAGGUCGGUGGCCAAGGACAAGAGCAUCCUCCUGUAUAUUUGAAGUAGAAGGAUGCCAUAAGUACCUUAAUGUAGCACUGUGGUGCAGAGACCCUUUCAAAGCAGGUGGGUUUAUCUGCUUAGGAUAUGCAAGUAUAAAACUUGAAGAAGUUGCUUUAGAUUGUAUAGCUACAUCGUCUAUGGAAUAUAUUAGAACAUUUAAAUUGGAUGCGCCGACACCUAAAGCAGCAGUCACCAGAACAGCGUUGCGGAAUUUAACGACACAUAAGGGAUUCAAUGAAAAAUUUUGCUACGGUGAUAUAACUUUACACUUUAAAUAUCUAAAAGAAGGAGAAUUAGAAGAUCCCAACUUUCUGCUAGAAAAAGAAAAAGAAUGUCAGGUGGAAGAAGAAGCUCGUGCAGUUCUGAAAGAGGAUCCUUAUUUGGGAAAUAUUAUUUUUACCGAGAACAAGCAUAACUUUCAAGAUACUCAGUUUCAGAAUCCAACUUGGUGUGAUUAUUGUAAAAAGAAAGUUUGGACUAAAGCAGCUUCACAGUGCAUGCUUUGUGCUUAUGUUUGCCAUAAAAAAUGUCAAGAAAAAUGUCUAACCGAGACACCCUUUUGUGUAGGAGCCGAAAAGAGGCUCGAUCGGACUGUGGGAAGCUGUAGAGCAGAAGGACAGGAAGCUGCACAAGCUGCACCCCCGCGUAUAGAUUCCGAAUCUAAGGCUGUUAAUAAAACUACAGGCCUGACCAGGCAUAUCAUCAAUACAAGCACCCGUCUGUUAAACCUUCGCCAAGUCCCCAAAACUCGCCUCUCUGAGCAAGGCACGGACGUUGCAGAGCCAUCGCCAAAGCACACGCCAAACACGUCCGAUAAUGAAAGCAGCGACACUGAAAUCAGCGGCCCAAAUAGCCCGUCGAAGCGCGCGGGGGGCACAGGGGUGAAGCUGGUGAGGAAGGAAGGCGGUCUAGAUGACAGCGUCUUCAUUGCCGUUAAAGAAAUUGGACGUGAUCUCUACAGAAGUUUACCCACCGAGGAGCGAUUUCAGAAAUUGGAGUUCAUGUUGGAUAAGUUGCAGAAUGAAAUAGACCAGGAGCUGGAAAGUAAUAAUUCACUCAUUAAGGAAGAAAAAGAGACAAAUGAUGCAAGGAAAAAAGCAUUAAUUUCUACUGCGCUGGCUAAAUCAGGUGAAAGACUGCAGGCCCUCACCCUGCUCAUGAUCCACUACAGAGCUGGCAUUGAGGAUAUAGAAUCUUUGGAAAAUACAUCACUAGACCGGCAGGCACGAAGGGUCGCUAAGGAUGCAGAGGAAGCCAAUAUAGCAGAAGAAAUGGAUAACGAAGACAUCAGUCUGACAGAGGCCCCAACAAUUAACAUAUCAGAAGAACCUAUCGAUCCACCUCAAUCAUUAGACUGAUACCUGCAUACUUCGCCUCUGAAAAAGCAGGCUAAACAGAAUACUUUGCACUUAAUCAUAAACACUCAAAAAUUAAAUUAAAACACUGGUAUAAUGUACAUGACCUGCUUCUCCACAGUUAUUUGCCUGUGUAAAAGUACAGAUAAUAAC